GCGGGCAGCAGAGCUGCAGCGGCGGCCACGGCCUGGCGCCCCGACGGGAGGGGCUCCGGAUCGCUGGGAGGCGGCCAAACCCCUGCGGCGCCGCCGCCGCCGGCGGAGGCCCCAUGAGUCGGGGGACGAUGCUUCAGCCCGGAGCGUGGCCGGGGGAGAGCUGUGCCGAGAAGCCGGCGCGGGAGGCGGGGGCCGCGGCGCUUGAGGGCGAGAAAGCGGUGGCCGGGGGCCAGCCGCGAGUCGCGGUGCGGUGCCCGGCCGAGCACGAGGAGGACAUGUAUCGUGCGGCGGAUGAAAUAGAAAAGGAGAAAGAAUUACUUAUACAUGAAAGAGGGUCAUCAGAGCCCAGAUUAAGUGUAGCUCCUGAAAUGGAUAUCAUGGACUAUUGCAAAAAAGAAUGGAGGGGAAAUACGCAAAAAGCAACAUGUAUGAAAAAGGGCUACGAGGAGGUGUCUCAGAAAUUCACCUCCAUCAGGCGAGUCCGUGGAGAUAAUUACUGUGCGCUGAGGGCCACGCUCUUCCAGGCCAUGAGCCAGCCAGCCGCGCUGCCCUCCUGGCUGCAGGACCCGGAGCUCACGCUGUUACCAGAAAAACUCAUAAGCAAAUACAGCUGGAUCAAGCAGUGGAAGCUUGGACUGAAGUUUGAGGGGAAGAGCGAGGCCCUGGUUGAUAAAAUUAAGGAGUCCCUCACUUUACUGAGGAAGAAGUGGACAGACUUGGCUGAACUGAGAACUGCCGAAGCGAGGCAGGUAGCUUGUGAUGAACUGUUCACGAAUGAAGAAGAGGAGUACAGCCUCUAUGAAGCUGUGAAAUUUCUCAUGCUAAACAGAGCCAUCGAACUAUAUGAUGAUAAAGAGAAGGGAAGGGAAGUGCCGUUCUUCUCUGUGCUUCUGUUUGCUCGGGACACGUCAGGUGACCCCGGACAGCUGCUGAGGAACCAUCUGAACCAGGUGGGGCACGCCGGUGGCCUUGAACAGGUUGAAAUGUUCCUUCUCGCCUACGCUGUGCGCCACACCAUUCAGGUGUACCGGCUCUCCAAGUACAGCACUGAAGAGUUCAUCACCGUCUAUCCCACCGACCCCCCCAGGGACUGGCCGGUGGUGACGCUGAUCGCCGAAGAUGACCGGCACUACAACAUCCCCGUCAGAGUGUGUGAGGAGACGAGUCUGUGAGACACUCCUGGACAGCCUGGUGACGCGGCUCGGUCCUUGGGACUGCAGGUCCCUUGGAGUGACCUCUGAGGACUCUUGGGCCUUGUGAGCCAAGCUGGACUGGAAUGUUCUGAAGACUAGCUUUUGAUAAUCAGAAUUAAUCAAGUUUUUUCCCUCACCUAUGAUGCACUAUGUUUCACUGGGGGCCUUCAGAGCACACCUGUUGAAAGGUGCAGACUACAUCUCCAUAAAACAAACACAUUUGUAUCAGAGGAGACUUAUUUUGGAGAGGAAUAUGUUCAGAGCUCUCUCUAAUAGUAAACUGGCUUUCCGUUUUUUUUUAAAGAUGGUAGUUUUUUUGUUUUGGUGGUGAUGGGUCUCUGCAGUGCCCUUCCUGUGCACCUACGCGGUCUGCUUAUAUGGUAGAGUUCUGGGACAAAGCUUGUCAGCGGCCCAGCCGUAACAUCCUCUGAUAGUCUCAUCGAGCAGUGGUUUGGAUUUACAUGUUAAUUAAAGCUGUUCUAAGCAGAUUGUCUAAUGGAAGGUUAAGAACUGGGUCCCCAAUAGUUAUUUAAAGGCUGGAGAGGGAGCUGCAGGAAGAGGCAGUGGCAGCAGGACGUCCUGACUCUGAAGAACGUGACAAACGCCUGCGGUUGGGAACACACCAGGUCUGGUGCUGGGUGCAGGCGCUGGGUGCAGGCGCUGGGUAGUUGGCGGGUGAGCGCAGCUCGUUGCUCUCUAGGAUUGGGGCUGCUCCUUAGUCUCCACUUCCAUGGAUCCACCAUUUUAUAGUCAGAACAAGGCUUAGAUCCACCUGCUUUUUUAGAGGAGACCAAGGCCAAGUGAUUAUUUUUUUGGAGAAUGCUUCCGUUGCCAAAUCCGUGUGGCUCCUCUGUUGGAUGAAUAACAGCAAAGCGUCUCAGGCUUUUUCUGGGUAAGUUUAAACAGAGCGUGUGCUGAAAACUGACUGCAGCCGCAUGGCCGAGCUGCAUCUGCCCUUGAUUUGGCUAUGCCCUGGGGAGGCGGUGUUCUGGCCACGAGUGAUUGCAUGUCACAGGCUAGGGUGGUGCCUGGGGGCUGGACAGGGCAGCCCAGCUGAGCGUGGUCUGCAUUAGGGCCCGAACCAUCCACGUGGGGCGUGUACUGUGGCCACGGCGCAAGGGACGGGACGUGUCACUCUUUAGGACUGUCAGUGGCAUCUGAAUUGGCUCAGUAUUUGUGGACGUGGUGUUACCCUGAAGCACUGAGCUUUAUUUUAUAGUAAGUAAGAUCUUUAUUUGGUCCAAUUUAAGCUUAUAGUUUAUAAGCUAUCUAAUCCAUUGUUGUUUUUUUCUCAGAGGGGCAAACCUUUUGUGAUAGUGUUAGUUUUGCUUUCACUUAAAAAUUAAAAUUCUUGGUUGAGAAAACUCAGAGGACACAUAAAACUAUGCAGACGGUUACAUCAAUAUUGAUAUUUUCCCCAUUACCUCAUCAAUAGUAUUCACCACGUUUCGGUAGCUACUUAUUCAUUGGAGCGUUUGAAUUAAAUUCUGCUCUAAAUGGUGUGAAUGUGUUGAGAGGCUUUGCUUUUCACUGUGAAAUGCAGUGGUGCCUCAAAUAAGGAGGCACCUAGAAGCCAAGUGAAAGUAAAACUGACGAAUUCUUGUUGGCUUUGAUGCUUCAUUUUAUGGAACUCAUUUUUCAUGUAACUUACAACAGGAAAUGCUUACCGUUCAUUCCUGAACAUUUUUAAAAGCACAACUUCAAACACUUAGGUUGUAUAAGGCAGUAGGAGUCUGUGUCCAUCUAACCGUUGGUGCAUAGCCGCUGCUGGAUUUAAUAAUACUCAUGAUCACCUGUCUUUGCGUUUUGAGAAUGUUCUAAUCUUAGUGAACUUGAGUUGAGCUGGGCUUCUGGGCAGCUUGUUUAUGUUUCAUACUUUUUUCUUGUUCCUGUGUGUGAUAUUGUUAGAGUGUGUGCAGAAAUUGUGGUCUUAACCACCCCACUGAUAAAAAUUCACAAGGGUGCGUUUAAGUUGCUCUCUGUCCCAAGGCCUUAUUACACUCUGCUCUCAGACUGCCAUCCAGGCUUAGAGGGAUCACAGCAUAAGAGAAGUAAAACUUUCAAAGAAACAGUACUUCAGGAAAUAUAGAUGAUUGGCCAACUUAAAAUAUGUUUCUUUUUGUUGCAACAUGCAACUACGGUCGCCCCAAGUUUUAAUUCCAUUUUUCAUUCCUGGUCUUGGCCUGGUCGGGUGACAUCAGCAGAAUUGAAAUUGAACUGAGACCAAAAUGGAUUCAGGAGGAUGAUCUACUCAGAGGGAAUUUCUAAAAUGAUAGUGUUCCAGAAAAAGGAAGGUAGUAGGAAUGACACUGUGCUUACUUUCUGUCCCAGAGUUUAUUGCAGGAGUUCAGUGGUUUGGACCCUAUGGUCUUGGCAGAAGGAUAAUGUCUACCUUAAACAGGCGUGACUUAAACCUUUGAGCUCAUUUAAGGUGCAUUAAACCUAAAAGAAUUUCCCUGUAACAAGUUCCAUGGAAUUAACUCUCCUCACUGAGAACUUUUCCCACUUCCCCUCCUCACCUGCUAAGCUCCUACAUUUACAGCAUCCAUUGAUUUCACUCAUAACACAUGGAACAGUGAGGGUGGCAGCUGAGAACAAGCUGCCAAUGUGCGCUCUUUCACUUAUGAUCUCAGCGUCGGGGGGAGGGGCGGGGAUUUGAUCUGAAAUGUCAGUUCCUCUUCCUUAGAAUCUAGCAUAUCCAAAAAUGCUUUAAAGGCACAGAACAGGAUUGACCCUGCUGUCUAGAUAGAGCCAUUUACACUUUUGUUAUUCUGUACACAUUCGGUUAAUAUCUGAUAAAUACUGGUGUUUUUCUCUGAUUGUGGAAAACAGACAUUGCCUUUGUUUUCUUUCAUUAUUCUUUUUUUCCUCCAAUUCUAGAGCUUAUCAAGUAAAAUCUCAGGCCACCUGAAUCUCACACCUCUGUCAGGAAGAAACACCUUUGUUGGUUUUUAUGUGCUUGUGUUUUCCUUUGUUUUUUAAGAGGCUGUGUUAUUCCUCCUGCCCUCUUCACCCCAAGGUGCUCUUUCACUUGAGAGUUUGUAGUCUGCUUUUUGAAGAGCUUCCAGAUGGUGACGGUUAGGUGCUCUCUCCCCUUUAAUGAUCUAGGAUUCUUACCUCACAGCACAGAAGUAGGACUCAGAUAGACUUCCUGGCUUUUUCUCCUUUUUGGUGUUAAAGUUUGAUUGUUUUCCUCUCUCUCUCUCUUUCUAAAGCAAGACUUGGCAGGUACUCCCCCUUUGAAAGCCAGAAAGUGUUUUCAGAAGUGUAAACCUCCGGGGAAUGUUAUUUGUAGGCAUACACAAAAAUACAUAGGUGCCUUUUUAAAAAGAUCUGUAUCUACUUAAAAGCAAUAAAAAGGAAGCCCUGAAUGUGUGUGGAGUGAAUCUGAAUCUGAAAUGUGUGUGAAAGGUAUAGAACCCCCAAAUAGUUGAGCACAGGCAGGGCACAGUGUCAAGGAAUUUAGAAAUGGCCCAAGGAACUGUACGAAGGGAACUGAAGAGGGAGGAACUGAUUUUAGAUUAAAAGUGCCUUUUAAAAACAAAACAACAGACGCCUGACAGACCUCCAUGGCUUACGUCAUACAAGGAUAAAAAUCUGAACCAGUGGAAGACUUCUGUGCGUGGAUUCCGCAAACUCCUUUUUCUAAAGUUUAAGUCCCCUGCUUAACAGAAGGAGACUAUGUAAUGCUUAACUCUUUCGGAAAAACUUCUUGGUGAUGUCUUCUGAGGGACUGGAGAGAUCAGGGAGCCACUGCUGGGUUAUGCAGUGAAUUAAGACAUGGGCAGCUGAUGAUUGAUACCUGUGUGAUCCAGUUAAUAACUUGGAGCUGUGAGAAGCACAACACUAAACUGGUUUGGCUCCUCCCACCCUUGGUAGCAGUAGCAGUAGAAGCAAGGCAGGCUCGGCCGUGACCGGAAGGGACGUGUGCGCGUGUAUGAAUGUGCCUGCUUGCUGGCCUGCAGUCGCAUUGGGACGUUCUCACGUACGCGAGGUCCCACAGCCUGAGACCCAGCCACAUUUGGGAGGGUGAAGGUGAGCUGUCCCGUUUGCAUUUUUUUCUUUUCAUGGUAAAUUGAUAUUUGUUACCGGGAAUGGUGGAAUGGGUUAGUAGGCAUAAUUGAACUAUACAGAGUGGUGGAGAUAAUUGUAGUGGAAAGUCAUAUCAACAAGCCAUUUAUUGCGUAUAUCUCUGUUCCCAGGCCUUUAUGGCCAUCUGUAUAUUUCCAUAUUUUGAAUACUCAUUAAUAGGGAGAACACUGACCAGAGCUUUAUCGCAUUCUUGUUGAUUUCUUGGGUGUAGUUGUGGGUCAGGGGUGAGAUGGCCGAAACAUGGGUAAUCCAAGGAAAGGAUACGGGGCUGGAGAUAACCACGGUCUCGGCAAUCUUUUGGGGGUGGUUGAGCUUAAUUCUGAACUUUAAAAUAAUUUUUUGUACUCAAGACCUUUUGUAUAGUGAAAAAUGCCUUGAUCUGUCUUCUCAUAAAUGGUGCUACAAUAUGGUACUCCUACAGGAACCAGAGCAAUCCACAGUAAUGUUGGUCACGUCGAGUACUUCGUUGUGGGAAGAAAGCCGAAGUGAAUGUAUUUAAUGAGCCCCCUUCUCGUUUCCAUUGUCUUUAUAAAAACGUUGUGGUAUUGUUACUCUCCUUUUA